AUGUAUAUUCCGCUUUUCGCAAUCACUGGAGCCACUUUAUUAAGUGCAUUAUUCACUGGUAUCGCUCUGUUUACAAACCAUUGGGCUGUAAUCACUGUUUUCAUUGAUUAUUCCAUCUAUUGGCUUGGUCUCGUACCGUAUAACGAGAUGGAUCCUGGUUGGAUCAAAGCAACAUGCAUCUUUAUGUACAUCAAUUUUACUUUUGAGAUCAUUGCUAUUAUAAUUUGUGUCAUCGGAAUUCUGUUGUCUUCGGCUCGGGGUGAUACUAAAUUUCUCAGAGUCAUUCUCAUGGCAAUUGCUGCAGUUUCUGCUCUAAUUGGAAUUCUAGGAGCAAUUGCUUUCAUAAUUUUUGUGGCCAAUUAUCAAUACCUCGAUGUCUAUGAUUAUUUCGAAAAUCCAAUUGAUAUUAGUUUGUUAGAUGUCUCAAUACUAGUCGUCUUUACGAUCCGCUCAUUCACAACUGCAACAAUGCGUAAAGGAUUGUUUUUAUUUUGCGCCAUAUUAUCUAUAGGAAUCUCAAAAAAGUUGAAAGUCAAAACCGAUGGAUACACGACUGAUGACAAAUCCGAUUUGUUUUGUAUUUGGAACCAAACUGCAGGUUGGAAACUUCCAUAUCAAAGUUUGUCUAUCGAAUGUUGUGACAGCCAAUUGAACAGCGUUCUUCGAGAAGCGGUUCGGAUCGGAAUAAAUACACCAAAACUUGGAGAUGCAGCUAAGUUCAUUCAAAGACGAGCACAUUUGAGAUUCAAGAAAUCUUUCGAAGUGAUCGUAUCAAAGCGAAAUUUUGCUAUUUCGAGACAUUAUCAUGGAUCUCAUUCUUGUAAAAUAAUGGAUCACAAACAUAUAUUUCUGAUCUAUGAGACUCCAAGACAGUAUGAUCCCUUUGACAUGCCUAAAGAAGACUACUUGUCAACAAUUGAUUCUGGAGAUCCUUUGGGCUCGGAAAAACCGGCAAAUUUACGCGGCGAUUUUCCCGACGUUCGCGAAGACUCGACAGCAGGCGAAGACUUAUCAGUGCAGCCGCCAAUCGACGCGAUUCUCUCAUUCCCGAACAAAUUUGCUGAAGUCGAUCCAGGUUCGCACGAGGAAAUGUCGAAAGCAGCGUUUUUGAUGGCCGAAGAGCAAUCCUCAAUGGAUGACUUCUUGAAUCCAGUAACAGAGAUCUCAGUUCUUAGCUCAGAAACAAACUCAACGGAAAUGUUUAACAGCUUCGCAAAUCUUCGAGAGAAAGACCGGCUUCCGGAGAAUACUCACUGCGACAAAAAGCGUAAAGACGGAAAUAGGUGUUGCGAUGGACGACUUGCUUCGACGAUGCGUGAUGCAAUGAGACAAAUGGCGACGUCCGCCGAAUUUGGAAUUGGGAAAGAGGGAAUUAUUGCUUCGGAGCUUCAACAAAAAGUUCAGCUUCGAUUCAAAAAAUCUUUUGAAGUGAUUGUGUCUCGCUCAGAUUUUGUUCUUUCCUCUUAUAUGAAUGGAGACAAUAUCUGCAAAUUUGAGAAUCGAGGUUUUUACAUUCUCGCAUAUGCUACACCGCGUCAAUACGACAUUGAAGACUCUGAACAUGAAAAGGAACUUUCGGAGACUUCUGAUCCUGAUCCCUUAGGAUCCUCAAAACCAUCCUUCGCAAAUGAGGCUCCAUGGCACGUACCGCUGAAACUUGAAUUCAGUGGUCCUCGAGCUGGUUAUCCCGUCGGAUCACACUGCUCAGAAUCACGAACCGGAUCUCGUUGUUGUAAUCUCAUUUUAUUCAAUGCCAUGAAAACUGGAUACGAAAAGGUGAUAAACUCUGCAAAAUUUGACCCGUACGAUUUGCGAGAAAUUACCAAGGAAAUCCAAUGGAACGUCGAGGAAGUUUUGCAACAUUCCGCAGAGGUUAUUGUGUCGCUCGAUGAUUUCACCUACGCGACCCACAACACUAAUGAGUACACUUGCAAAUAUCGUGUUGAUAAGUAUUAUGUUCUCGCAUAUACAACUCCAGAAGGCGAUACUGAUUAUGAAUAUGAUGAGAAUGAUGUCUCAAUUAUUCCAAGUGAACCUGAGGCAAAUAUUGUGCAGCCAGUUCUUCAAGAAAACAUCGAAACUCGUCAAGGGUUUAAUCAGCAGCAAACUGCUGCUCCUCAGACAACCGUUUCAUACUUUUCUGCGAAUCCACAGCCUAUGUACCCCCAUGUUUAUCAACCAAUGUUCCACAAUCCGAUGCUUCAACAGAAUCCGGUGGCUUUCGGAAGAUUCAAAAGGCAAAUUGGACCUACUCCAUAUCCAAUUCAUUCAAGCCCUUAUAAUGAUAUUGGGAGCGCGAAGCCUUUUCAUUGCCCUGCUGAGUUAAGUGGGCUUGAUGGAAUCGCUUGUUGUGACGGAGGAUUGCAAUAUGAAGCAAACAAAGUUAUCGAUCAGGCUAAACAAGCUCCGGACUUCGAUAAGCAUAACACACGAAAUCUAGCAAAACUUAUGACCCGUUCAAUCCAAAAAAGAUUCGGAACAACAUUUGAGUCUGUUGUCGCAGAAGCUGAUUUCACAUGGGGUACCAAUAAAUUUAACCAAAGAUCAUGCAAAAUUGACUCAAAUGGAUAUUCCGCUCUCUCAUACCAAUCAAGUUCGAAACCACCACCUGCUACUGACUUCUUAGAUAUUCCUAAUGAUCCUACUCUCGGGGGUCCUACUGGCGCGAGUGGCGCCGGUGGAGGUGGUGGAGGAAAUGGAGGAGGCGCUGGUGGCGGCGGUGGUGGAGGAAAUGCUGGUGGUGGUGGCGGCGGAAGUGGAGGCGCUGGUGGCGGCAGAGGUAAUGGCGGCGGCGGUGGCGGUGGAAGUGGUGCUGCUGCUAGCGGAGGCGGAGGUUCUGGAUCCGGAGGUGGAGCAGCAGGAAGUGCUGGAGGCGGCGCUGGAAACGGAGCUGGAGCUGCGGGAAGCGCUGGAGGUGGCGCUGGAAACGGAGCUGGAGCUGCGGGAAGUGCUGGAGGCGGCGCUGGAAACGGGGCUGGUGGUGGUGCUGGAAACGGUGCUGCCGCUGCCGCCGCGGCUAAUGCAUUCGGAUUUGGUGGAGGCGGGAAGAAGCGAAUGGAUCAGAUUGAUAUCGGCGAUUAUGUACUUACUGCAAACCAUAACUCAACAUAUUUUACACCGAUCACUCUUUGGAUUCAUCGAGAACCCGAAACCGUCGAAAAGUUCGUCACUAUUAUGACCGAGUACGGAAAAAUGCUUCGUUUGACUUCGCGUCAUUACAUGUACAGAAAUAAAUGUGGAAAGAACUAUCAAGAAUACAUUAAACUCCUCCCAGCAGAAAGCGAGGCAGUGUUUGCAUCAACAUUAGAGGUUAACGAUUGCGUAAUUGUGAUGUAUAAGGGACGAUACAGGCAGCAGAAAAUUCAAGAAAUCACUAUAACUGAACGCAAAGGAAUUUAUUCUCCAUUAACUUCAAAUGGAAGAAUUAUUGUGAACGACAUGUUAGCUUCAUGUUACAGUGACUUGAAACAGUCUACUAUUCAGACAACCUACUUCUGGGCGGCGAACUUGUUCCGCACAAAAAUUUCUGAAUUAUUUGGAAACUUGUUCCAUAACAAGAUUGAGCUUCCAAGUGGAACCAUGCUUACAAAGGAAAUUAUUCAGUUAAUCGUACCAAUUCGAAAAUAG